AUGUCAUCAGCCCUUCAGAGUACGGACAGCAUAUCGGCACCGGCCUUGACGGUCCGAUCGUCGCCUUUCAACACCGCCGCGCGAAAAAUCACUGUAAAAGAAAACAAGAGUGCUGCGAAACAACAGCUGAAGAAUAAUGCAACUUCAACAGUUGCUUCAUCUUCAGCGGCAGUUGACGAGUAUUGUCAACCCCCAAAUCGAGACGCUAUGAUUGCCCGGGCUGCCGUCUUACGGCAAUCCAUUCUGAAGCAGCAAAUUGAAUUGCAACAACUGGAACGGGACAUUUUGUGUGUCACAUCGGCAUCCAACGAAUCCAACGCCUUUUUGAAUCACCCAUUGGAAUUGUUGGCACGGACCACCUAUCAGGCACGGGACACCUUUUUGCACUCUAGUUCGGUAUUGAAACGAAAACUUCAACGGGUCCAAGGCAAGAUUGGUCGGAACAACCAAAAAUAUAAAGGUUCGGUCGAGCAAUACGUCGCCACACAAACCGUCAGUGGGGCUCGGAUUUUGACCAAUUUGGCCUUGCAUCCCGAUCGACUGGCCUAUUUGGUGGAUCCCAAUACGGCGGCUUUGGUCCCUCAUUUGCCGGCGAUUUAUUCCCGAUUGGACAAGCUUGAACCUCACGUGGCAACGAUUUUGGAAAAGGUGCUCAACAAGAAACAACAUUUGAAUUCCAUCGAACCGUAUUUGGGACAAAUCCUCGAACGUUUUGAUGACAUCGAACCACACUUUCCCUGGAUUCUCAGGAAUAUUGAUGUGCUGGCACCCUACACAGGCUUGCUGCUGAAACAUAUUGACGAAUUGCUACUCUAUGCCGAAUGCGAAGAUGACGGCAGCGGCGUCAUUAGUUGUGAGGAUCAGUAUGAGCUGGCAGAACAGCUCUUGCCGUAUUUGGAAUUUUAUGUCUCGCGUUUGGAUUUGGUAGGACCGCAUUUGCCACUCUUGAGGCCUCACAUUCCAAAACUGUUGAAACACAACCGAAUUGCCAAGGUGACACCGCACAUUGACCGUCUCUUUGCCCGGGGAUAUCUUAAUUUGGGCACUAGCGCCAAUCUCGAUAUUUUGCUCUUUUGGGUGGGAUGGACACUGCGAGUGCCGCUCUUGCCACGAAUCUUUUUUGCCGUUCCAGGAUCCCCAAAGUUUGUCAGUUUCUUGGCUAAUCGAAUGCCCAGGCGAUUUGCAAGAAAGUGUUCCGAUGUGACGUGUUCUCUCGACGGUGACUACGGUUCCAGUUGGAAUCGACUUUCCAAGGAUUGA